AUGGGCAUGACAGAAGAUGAUAAGAGGAACUGCUGCUUGGUGGAGAUUCAGGAGACAGAGGCAAAGUACUACAAGACACUGGAGGACAUUGAGAAGAGGCAGAAAUCUGUGCCACACGUGGGGCCAUCAUCUAGACGAGAUGACUUUGAGCUGCUUCCAAGACUGCUGAUCUACGGCCAGUACUGCAGCCAUAUGGAGAACGCUCAGAAGACACUGGAUGAGCUGAUUGCCACACGAGAAGAUGUCAAGUGUAAAGUGGAGGAGUGUACCAUGAAAGUCCAGGAUGGGAAGUUCAAACUGCAGGAUCUCCUGGUGGUCCCUAUGCAGAGGGUCCUCAAAUACCACCUUUUGCUUAAGGAGUUGGUAAGUCACUCUAUGGACCGCCCGGAGAGGCAGCAGCUUAAAGAGGCACUAGAAGCCAUGCAGGACCUGGCAAUGUACAUCAACGAGGUGAAAAGAGACAAUGAAACCCUAAAGAAAAUAAGUGAAUUUCAGAGCUCAAUAGAAAAUCUACAGGUGAAGUUAGAGGAAUACGGUAGGCCAAAGAUAGAUGGAGAGCUUAAAGUGUGCUCUAUAGUUAACCGGACCAAACAAGACAGAUACAUCUUCCUAUUUGAUAAAGUUGUGAUUGUUUGCAAGAGGAAAGGUUAUAACUAUGAGUUAAAAGAGAUCAUCGAACUUCACUUCUACAAGAUGUCUGAUGACCCUAUGAAUAACCGUGACAUGAAAAAGUCGAGUGGAAAAAUGUGGUCCUAUGGCUUCUACCUGAUCCAUCUGCAGGGUAAACAGGGCUUCCAGUUUUUCUGCAAGACAGAGGACACCAAGCGCAAGUGGAUGGAGCAGUUUGAGAUGGCCAUGUCAAACAUCAAACCCGAAAGAGCCACUGCCAACCAGCACAACUUCCAAAUGCACACUUUUGAAAAAAACACCAACUGCAGAGCCUGUAAAAUGCUGCUGAGGGGUAUUUUCUACCAGGGAUACUACUGUCCACUCUGUGGGACUGGUGCCCAUAAGGAGUGUCUAGAGGUCAUUACCAUCUGCAAAAUAAGUCCUCAUGAUUCGGAGCUGGGGCUUCCACAAUCAGGUCCAAAGAUGGUGGCCAUCAGAAAUUACCAUGGUAGCCCUGCCCCGCAAGGCAAAAUGCCUCUCUGCUUUCAGACAGGAGAUAUCAUUGAGCUCCUGAAGGGAGAUCCAGAUACAUCAUGGUGGGAGGGCAAUCUCAUCCAAACCCAAAAGACUGGCUACUUCCCCAGUUCCAGUGUGAAACCAUGUAUAGACCCUAAGCCCUUCCAGUCAUUCUCCAGCCGUCAGUCCUCCAGAGAGACAGAUUACUAUGUUUAUCCCUGGUACUUCAUUCUAUACUACAAGAUUUGGUUUCUUUGUAAUACACUCCAAACCCAAAAGACUGGCUACUUCCCCAGUUCCAGUGUGAAACCAUGUAUAGACCCUAAGCCCUUCCAGUCAUUCUCCAGCCGUCAGUCCUCCAGAGAGACAGAUUACUAUGUUUAUCCCUGGUUUGCAGGAAACAUGGAAAGACAGCAGGCCGACAACCUGCUUAAGUCUCACAGCAGCGGCACCUAUCUGAUCCGAGAGAGAACGGCAGAGGCAGAGAGAUUCGCAAUCAGCAUCAAGUUUAAUGAUGAAGUGAAGCAUAUUAAAGUUAUUGAGAAAGACAGCUGGAUUCACAUCACAGAGGCAAAGAAGUUUGAAAGCCUCCUGGAGCUUGUGGAGUAUUAUCAGAGUCAUUCACUGAAAGAGAGCUUUAAGCUGUUGGACACAACAUUACGAUACCCUUACAAAUCCAGGGAACGCUCGAGUUCUCGCUCCAAUACCCGCUCACCAGCCACCUGUGCUUCCUACAACUUCUCCUUCCUCAGUCCUCAGGGCCUCAACUUCUCCUCUCAAAGCUCUGCUCCCUUCUGGUCAGUAUUCACACCCAGGGUAGUCAGCACAGCUGUGGCGCGAUACAACUUUGCUGCUCGAGACAUGAGAGAGCUGUCCCUGCGAGAAGGGGAUAUCGUCAAGAUCUACAGCAAGAUUGGUGGAGACCAAGGCUGGUGGAAAGGAGAGGCCAACGGCAGGAUUGGAUGGUUUCCCUCGACGUACGUCGAUGAGGAGGGGGUGCAGUGAUACUCUGGGGUCACAGAUCAUCCAAUAAAAUCCACAGCCCUCUGAGAGGACUCUUUGGUUUCCAUGGCAACAUCUCAUGGAAGACUUUUCGCUGGAAACAUAUUUUACAAUGAAUAUUUGUACUUCUGUCUCCUUUCGUAUGCUCCCCCCCCCAACUUUCUCGGAAUGUCUGUGUGAUCUCUUUGACGAAAACUGCUCUGAGUCUGUUCGUUCUCAGCGGAGGAAACAGAACCGAGCAGAACUUUGCCUUGAAGUGGCCAAAGGACAAGCAUGGCUUUAAGUUUAUACAGUAAUACCUGUAAGUUGCGCUGCAGGCCAGAGGGGUAUAAUGGGGGGUGGGGAUGUAUAAAAUUAUAUAUAAAUAUAAUUUAUUAAAGAGAUAUAUCUAUGAUUAAAAUGCAGUGUUGAACAUUUGUUCAACAGCAGCACAAAGAAUAUAUGUGAGCAGAAAAGAUGCACUUUGCAUUUCUUUACAGAGAGAAUUUGCCUUUAGUAAAUGGUAAUGCCUUUAGAGGUGGAGGUAAAGAAAUGGAUUCAGACUCAUCUUGCACAUACACAUUCGUACAUCUGCCCUGUCCAGAAAUACGGUGCCUUUUCGUACAUGCUCUUCACUCCCAACAGAGUCUAGUUUAUAUAGCUGCAGCGUUAACUCCGUUCUCUAGCGGUGCACUCUCAUGGGCCUAUCCGCCAAUUCAGCCGGAUGCUGCUCAACCAGAAGACCAUAAAAGAGACUGAACAUUUCUUGAACUGGAAUGAGCAGGUGACCAGAUCUGCUUGUCAUCUCACUGGAAUGAAGGGGCAGCUAACCAAAAGCAUUCGGUCAUGGCUGGAAGUGCUUUAGCUUACUUGGACAAUGAAGGAUACGAGCACCAUCAUAUCUUCCUCUUGCUUCAAGAGGAUGUAAAAGUGCAAUGGAGUUUCAGGAAGAGGUUCAGUGAAUGCUGUUUCUGUGAUGAGCAUUUAUUUCCAUGUUCUCAGUGGUCCAAAUUUGGACUGAAAAGGGAAAACCGAAUGCUGUUCUGUGCACUGAUUUUCAUGAAUACCCAGAGGUUUUUGUGAGAUUUUUCUUUUCUUGUCUUCUACAAGCACAUACAUUUUGCCAUUCCACGUUUCUCGUAUACAGCCUGCCACAUUACAGUAUCUUGCCUUACUGGUGGACACAACUGGUGCUACAGUGCUACAUAUCCCUGAGUUAGGGCAGAAUUUUCUUUUUUGCUGUUGUGGAUGAGGAGACCCACUGCUGAAGAACCUCAGCCAUCAAGUGCACUUUAUAUGUCCAGAGACCUUGUAACACAGGACACCACACUCCAGACAUGGACAUCAAAUUUUUUUUAUAUAUUUUUUUUAUGUCCUUAUUUUUACCUCUGGAAGAAAAGAAAAAAAGUAAAAUCCUUCACACAGUGGUCCCUCAAAGUCUGAUAUUGAAAAAUUCCUGUAAACUCCGUAAGUGCAUGGAUGUGUCCCUCAUACAGUCCUUGGAGAAAAACCUUUUGCUGUUGUCGGCCAUCAGAAAUUGAACCCAUAAAUCGAGGUGGGAGAGUGCUAGACUGCAAUAAAGCAUCGGACGUGUUUUUAGCCAUGCUCCAGGCUUGAGUACAGCUGUCUGUAGUGAUGGAAGAGUGCAGCUCAGGUCAAGGUAGCGCUGGCUUAGGGGCUUAGUACCUGUUUGUGUAGUGGACAAAAAACCCCAUUGCAUGUGGUCAUAUAUAUAUAUAUUACAACUGCUGUCCGUGAAUCCUGAAAAAAAAAUCUUAAAAAAAAAAAGAAAUUGUGUACAAUUUUUGAAUAGACAGUUAUUUGAAAACUGAGGUCUAUCAUGA